AAGUUUGAUAAGUUCAAAUAGCUUUGCUUUAUCAUUAAGGCCUCUGACAUUAAGUGUGGAGAUUGUAAUUAUAUUUUUUAAGGGGAAUGAUGGUAUAGGGAACAAGUUGUUGGAGAAAAGUGAUAAAGAUGUGGGAAAUAAAGGAGGAGUAUUAUUAACUGAAUUAUAG